UCUGUGGUUUCUAGUAUAUCAGACACAGUGUAAAGCUGAGGCUGAUGUUGGGGGAAUUGUAUAACAUGGACUUUCUGAAUCUUUGAAGAAAAUGAUAGCUGUGCAAAUGUUUUUAUUCCUGGAUCUACUCAUUAUGACAAACGUAUGCAAAGUAACAGGAGAGCUGCCAUUUCCACAGAACAUAAGAGUCAAGGCUGUGAACACUCAGUACAUCUUGGAAUGGGACUGGAACCCACAACAAUAUGACGAAAGAGUCAGGUUUACCGUGGAGUAUAUUUUUGCAUAUCAGAGACAUUUAAAAGUGCAAUCCAGUAAUCGUGUGUGUUACAGGAUCUCACAGACCCAGUGUGACUUCACUUACCAUGACAUUCAUUAUUCUGGAGAAUACUACCUGCGCCUGAGAGCGGAAAGCAAAAAUAUGACUUCCAUGUGGAAAGAGAUAAAGUUCUGUCCUGAGGAACAUUCUGCCUUGGGGCCUCCUUCUAAAGUCGAUGUUGAAUCCAGGAAUGGAGUUCUGAAAGUGUACAUAACUGAUCCAUUGACCCAUAAGAAUGAGUCGAUGCAAAAUCUAAUGAAAAUUUACUUCUUGAUAGUUUACUGGAAAAACACAUCCAUGGCCGAGAAUCGGACCCUUACAAUCAACAAUACAGAAACUUUGCUUACCCGCCUUGAACCCUGGACUCUGUACUGUCUGCGGGUCCAGGCCUUCAAUGAACACGAAAAGAGAAGUCAAUUCACUGAAGCUGUGUGCCAGCUAACAACCUGCAAAGAUGAUGGCCAAACACCAGUCUUGAUGGCCCUGUACAUCUUCUUCUCUUCAGUUGGACUGCUUCUCUUCUGUUCCUAUGGUGUAUAUGUGAUCUACAAAGUGAUCAAAUAUAGCUGCUUCCCACAGCUUCCAGACAGCAUGCAGCUGUAUGAGAUCACCCCGAAUCUCCAGAACACCGAGGUGCUCUUGAAGGAGGCCGAGAGGGAGCUGUGCUGUGAGAUGGUGAGCGUCGAGCUCCUUGAACCUUCACCCCCUAUCGAGCCAGCAUCAGCCAGUGUCAAGCACGACUGCCAAAAUAGUGCAGACUCAGGGGUCUACUCAAGUGAGGAGGGCUCCGGGGGAGCUCAGGCUACAGAGCCACCAGCUGAAGCAACUGCAGAGAAAUAAGAUUUUAGCAGGUCAGCUGCUACAAGAGGCAUUGGAGAAGGAGACCCUUCUUCAGAACAACAUACCUGUACCAUGCUGCCUGCAGACAAUCACACACUGGUAUGAUAGUUAGUAAAGCAAGAAGCUGAUUAAGAGCCACAUUCAGUUACAAUGCACCGACUAUUAAUUAUUCAGCAAUUACUUAGUAAUGGCUAUGUAAUAAUGACCGAACAGUGUCUUUUUCUAUAACUGUUUUUUUUAAAUCAAACUGUUAUACUUAAUGUAAGUGUGGUACUGCCCCUGUGGAAAAAGGUAUAACUUACUGUAAACAGAAGGAGCAACUAAACCGGUUAUUUUGUGCAUCAGAAAGUCUACCUGAACUAACAUCUGCAUACUUAUUAAUUAACUUUUGUUAAGAACUUUUUUAAAGCACAAACUGUAUUAAUUCAUUCUGAUGUUUGGACAAUUAAUGUCUACUCUACAAACCUUGAACAAAAAAUGCCCACAUACGUAUGAUCUUAAGGUACAGUGUGAAGUACCUAAUUUCUGGGUGGAUGUGCACAAUCUGAGAUGGUCAAGCAUAUGGUACGCAAUGAAUGGCCAUGGAAUGACCCUAUGAUAUUACAUUCCAGAUGUUGCCCUGGUAUUUACAAUGUGCCUAGCGCACAUUCUGGCAUUUCCUUUGGGUAAAAUAUGUAUUGUAUGCACUUACACAAUAAAAGGCUCAAUCACUUUAUAAAAAUUAGAGAUUCUGACAUCAGUUUUCAACUGAGGCCAGUGUAGCUGGAUAAGACAGGCGGCACCAGAUGUGUAAGCCUAUAGAGAUGGCCAUGUAGCUCUGAUCUGGGAAUACUGUCGAAGCGUAGUUCAGCUGUCAAGCGGAGACUGGAACAGUAAAUGCAGGAAUCAGUGACUUUAUGGCUCUUUAACUGUGUCAGGAGUUCACUAGCUUUGCCUAAGCAGACAGUUGUCACAGUACCCAUGCCAGAUAACAUAGGAGCCUACUUUCCUUGAUUCCUAAGAUGAGACAGGAAAUCUGUUAUCUAAUUUAGCAUGAUCACAUUCUCACCAGUUUUGGGGUCAGCUUUAACCCUAUCCCUGCCAAAAGAACCCCCAAACCAAAAAAAAUAUUACUUUUGCAGUGUGUCUGCGCUGUCACAAGUCCAUGUAAAGUCAAAUGCUGUGGAUUAGAAUACUGUGUAAAUGUUGCAGGAAUAUGUAAAGGAAGCAAACACUGUAUUUCUUUGCCUUUUUUGUUCACAAUAUUGGUGUGAAAUGUAUCACUGGAGGUGAAGUAUAUGAUUGGAUUCCCCAAGAUAAGCAGGAUUGUCUAAUCUUGAUCCAUAUUACCAUCUGCAGUAUUACCAGAACUGUAAAUGUCAUACUAAAAUGUUUCAAAAGUGUUUUUUUAAAUAUAUCUUAAGUAAA